AUGGACAACGACCCCUCGCGCCAGGUGCGCGUGCGCUUCGUCACAAAGCUGCCGCCUCCGCUGCGGGCGCCGCCCGCUGCCAUUGCCGUCCCCGCGGACCUCAGCCGUAUGGGCCUCUCCGAGAUCGUCAACAGCCUCCUCGUCGCCGCCGAGCCGGACCACCAGGCGCAUCCCUUCGACUUCAUUGUGGACGGCGAGCUCGUGCGGCUGCCACUCCAGGAUUUCCUCCUCGCCAAGGGCAUCUCCGCGGAGAGGGUGCUUGAGCUCGAGUAUGUGAAAGCAGUGGCGCCAAGGAAGCAGGAGGAACCUUGCCCCCAUGAUGACUGGGUUAGUGCUGUGGAUGGAUCGAACCCAGGUUUUAUAUUAUCUGGAUCCUAUGAUGGCUUUGCGAGAUUAUGGAAAGAUGCAGCAGUAUGUACACAAAUUUUGGAGGGACACAGUGAUGCAAUUACUUCUGCCAGAUUCAUAAAUAAAGGAUCUGAAACUGAGGGCAGUCUGCAUGUAGUGACUGGCUCAAAGGAUAGGUCACUACGGCUAUACAAGUGUGACACAUCAGUCAGUAUGGACUACCCAAAGCGGGUUGGGGCUUACAAAAUUCUUCGUGGCCACAUGGCAUCUGUUAAAAGUAUCUCCGCAGACCCUUCUGGCGAUAUGCUAUGUUCUGGAUCCUGGGAUAACACCAUCAAGUUGUGGGCAGUUGAAGGAUCUGAAGACGAUGAUGCUGUUUCAUUGAAGAAGAGAAGGAUGAAUUCUGACUCAUCUGGACCUGAAGAGUCUCAGUUAGAGGGUUCAGCCACUUCAACACUUCUGGGACAUACACAAGGUGUAACUGCUGUUAUCUGGCCUGAACAGAAAACGAUAUAUUCAGCAUCUUGGGAUCAUUCUGUAAGGCAGUGGGAUGUCGAAACAGUGAAAGAAACAUGGAAUAUGUUUUGUGGGAAGGCCUUGAAUUGCUUGGACUGUGGAGGUGAGGGUUCUUCAUUGAUUGCUGCUGGUGGCUCUGAUCCUGUGUUGAGGGUAUGGGACCCUCGCAAACCUGGAACAUUAGCUCCUGUUUUUCAGUUCUCCUCCCAUUCUGGCUGGAUCACUGCUUGUAAAUGGCAUCCAAGUUCCUGUUUCCAUUUGGUAUCAUCUUCAUUUGAUGGGAAAAUGAUGUUGUGGGAUCUAAGAACAGCAUGGCCGCUGGCGUCUGUGGACUCACACGAAGAUAAGGUUUUAUGUGCCGACUGGUGGAAAGGGAACAGCGUGAUAAGUGGCGGAGCUGAUUCCAAGCUAUGUAUCUCAUCUGGUAUUCAAAUUGUGUGA